UCGUAUUUUCGAUCUCUACCGGGAAACUCCACUACUACCCAUCAAUCUCCUUAUCCAAAACAGAAAACGAAUGCUGGAAGAGAAAGUAACGAAACCAGAGAGCUUUAGAGCUCACUAAACAAUGGUCUCUCUUCUCGGAACAUCUUCUUCCUCAAUCUUGUCUUGCCCUCGUCUUUCUUCAACACCUUUAACAUCCGCUCUCUGCUUCCGACCAGGUAACACUUUUGGAGGAAAGUUAUACAGAAGAAUACAAUCAGAGACAAAGAAGAGCAGAUCUCGUCACCAUGUCUUGGUUACAAAUGUCGCCACUGGGAUCAACUCUAUAGAACAAGCCAAAAAGAUUGGUACAAAGGAAAGUGCAAGGCCAGUGUACCCCUUUGCCGCUAUAGUUGGACAAGACGAGAUGAAGCUAUGCCUUUUAUUAAACGUCAUUGACCCUAAGAUAGGUGGUGUGAUGAUCAUGGGAGACAGAGGAACCGGUAAAUCAACAACCGUUAGAUCUUUAGUCGAUCUGCUCCCCGAGAUCACGGUCGUUGCAGGUGACCCCUACAACUCAGACCCUAAAGAUCCUGAGUUUAUGGGGAAGGAAGUAAGAGAGAGAGUUCAAAAAGGCGAAGAGCUUGACGUCAUGGAGACAAAGAUCAACAUGGUUGAUCUUCCUUUAGGUGCUACUGAAGAUAGAGUCUGUGGAACCAUCGAUAUCGAAAAGGCUUUAACCGAAGGCGUUAAGGCCUUUGAGCCAGGGCUAUUAGCUAAAGCCAACAGAGGGAUUCUUUACGUGGAUGAGGUUAACCUCUUGGAUGAUCAUUUGGUUGAUGUGCUUCUUGAUUCUGCUGCUUCUGGUUGGAACACUGUCGAAAGAGAAGGGAUAUCGAUCUCUCACCCGGCUCGGUUUAUCCUCAUUGGCUCAGGGAAUCCGGAGGAAGGAGAGCUUAGACCGCAGCUUCUCGAUAGGUUUGGUAUGCACGCGCAAGUAAGCACGGUUAGAGACGCUGAGCUGAGGGUCAAGAUUGUGGAAGAGAGAGCUUGUUUUGAUAGUAACCCAAAGGAGUUUCGAGAGUCGUAUCUGGAGGAGCAGAUGAAGCUUCAGGAGCAGAUUACGAGCGCCAGAAGCAAUCUCUCUGGAGUUGAGAUCGAUCAAGAUUUGAAAGUGAAGAUCUCGAGGGUCUGCGCCGAGCUUGACGUUGAUGGAUUGAGAGGUGAUAUUGUGACUAACAGAGCUGCGAGAGCGCUUGCUGCGCUUAAAGGAAGAGAUCAUGUGACGGCAGAAGAUGUUGGUAUCGUUAUACCUAAUUGCUUAAGACACCGUCUUAGGAAAGAUCCUCUUGAGUCUAUGGAUUCGGGAAUUGUCGUUACAGAGAAGUUCUACGAGGUGUUUAGCUAAAAGAGUAGAGACAACAAGAUCUUUGAAAUACAUUUAAUCACAUGCUUUGUUUUCGAUUAUUACAAGAAUACAUUUCAAGAAACAUCAGUUUGGUUGUUUCCA